AUGAGCAAGGGAAACGAUUACCUUCAAAGCAAGCUGUACGAUCCUCCGGAGACAUACAGCACUGCGCUUAAGGCUUUGCCUCUCACUUCGCACUGUGGUUCAGCAGGUUCCUCCCUGAAGGCUAUGUUUCUUGUGAGCAUAGUUCAGUCUUGCUCAAUUGAAAAACUACCGUGUUUCGAUGUCGAAGUUCCCCAAAACUACUUCAGCUCUUGGAGAGGAAGGUACAACGAGUAUCGAAAGGAGAUGAAUGUGGCACUGCAAAAGGAUGAUGAAUCUAGGAAUGAUGCUGCUGAUGACGUAAUCAAGAAAUACAAGCGGUUACUGUACGAAGCAGCAGAGCUUGAAGAAAGUAAGAAGGAUGUGCAGGAGAUCCAUAAGGAGGCACUUGCAUUAUAUCAAGUAACCUAUGACUAUGCCAUAAGCACAAAAGACGCAGGAAAAUGUGGGUUUGCCUGGAAAGCAGCAGGUUCUGCUCUCUUGAACUAUUUUGCUACUAGCAGAAGCGAAAGACUCGUACCAGUUUCACCGUCUGCUCUGCGAGAACUGUUUUCUUAG